AUGAAGAAACUUCUAAUACUGUCACUGACUCAUGGGAAUGAAAACAACUGGGCUUUUGUGCUUGCUUUGAGUUUACAUCUGGUCUUGUUCUUACAUCAAAAGAAUUGUGUUUGUGCUUAUCAGGUAUUCCAAAAACGUUUGCCACCUGAAGCAGUAGAUCUUGUGUGUAGGUUCUUCCAAUAUUCUCCUAAUUUGAGAUGCACAGCUGUAAGUUUAUUCAUGGUGGAAGCUUGUAUCCACCCUUUCUUUGAUGAGCUAAGAGAUCCAAACAUUCGCCUCCCAAACGGUUGGCCACUUCCUCCACUUUUCAAUUUUAAGCCAAACGAGCUCUCUGGCAUCUCUCCUGAAACAUUGGACCGGCUUGUCCCAGAACAUGCCCGUAAGCAAAACCUCUUCAUGGCAUUACACUCGUAA